AUGAAGGCAGGACCGCGUCAUCGUGACGUCAGUGAUGCACCUGCGAGGCGCUCUGUCGCAUCAUCUCACUGGCGCUGCUUUAGAAUGAACGGAAGCGCACGGAACCGCCGCGACGCAGAAUUCUUCAACAGAAUGAACGCUGAACGCACGAGGACCGCGUCCGCGCUUCUCGCGGAGGAUCUGUUGUUUUAAGUUCGAGAUUGAUUCGUUGAGUCCUACUCACAUAAAUGACCGUGCAACACGCGCGUCUCUCUCAUUUUAUUUACAGAUGACCGUGGCGGCAGCAAUGGCAGGGGCAAAUAUGGUAUUUUCCGAAGUUGAAAGUUUUCUAGACGAGCACCCGGAAUUAUUAGAGGACUAUCUGAACAGAAAAGGCAAGGCAAGAGUAGUGGAAAAGUGGCUGAAGAACCAUCACGCGAAUAAAACUCCGGCGAACUCCAGCGCGGAGGCGGAGAAAGCGGCGAACGCUUGCAGCAAAGACAGCUGGGCGAGCAGAAGCGACGGGCUGCAGAGACGAGCCUCGCAGAAAGAGCUGAGGAAAACCUUCGCCAGGUCUAAAGCCAUCAACGCCAACAGGACUUACGACGAGCACGUGAACUCCAGAGCGCAGGAGCCGCUCACCAGCAUGAGGAGGCGCGCGCUGCUGCGGAAAGCCAGCUCUCUGCCGCCGACCACCGCACACAUCCUCUCCGCGCUGCUGGAGUCCCGGGUCAACAUCCCCCAGUACCCCUCCACAGCCGUGGACUACAAGUUCUACCUGAAGGAGCACAACGAGAGGGAGUUCUUCCUGGAGCUCGUCAAAGACAUCUCAAACGACCUGGACUUGACUAGUCUGAGUUACAAGAUCCUGGUGUUUGUGUGCAUCAUGGUGGAUGCUGACCGCUGCUCCCUGUUCCUGGUGGAGGGACCGUCCAAUAAAAAGACUCUGGUGUCCAAGUUCUUUGACGUUCACGCUGGAACCACAGUGUUGCCCUCUCUCAGUAACUCAGAUGAGGUGCAGGUGCCCUGGGGAAAGGGCAUCAUUGGAUAUGUGGCUGAACAUGGGGAAACUGUCAACAUUCCCGAUGCAUAUCAGGACCAUCGUUUCAGUGAUGAGAUUGAUAAACUCACCGGAUAUAAAACCCAGUCUCUGCUGUGCAUGCCCAUCCACAACAGUGAUGGAGAGGUCAUCGGGGUCGCACAGGCCAUCAACAAGAGUCCCAAUGGAGCACUUUUCACUGAAGAUGAUGAAAAGGUGUUGCAGAUGUAUCUGCCAUUCUGUGGUAUUGCCAUCUCAAAUGCCCAGCUGUUUGCUGCCUCCAGGAAAGAGUACGACAGGAGCAGGGCUCUUCUGGAGGUUGUGAAUGAUUUGUUUGAAGAGCAGACCGAUUUGGAGAAGAUUGUGAGGAAGAUCAUGCAUCGAGCUCAGACCCUGUUAAAGUGUGAACGCUGCUCUGUCCAGCUUCUGGAGGACAUAGAAUCUCCGGUGGUGAAAUUCACCAAGUCCUUUGAGCUUCUGUCACCCAAGUGCAGCGCAGACAUGGAGAACAGUUUCAAGGACAGCAUGGAAAAAUCGUCCUAUUCUGACUGGCUGAUUAAUAACAGCAUUGCAGAGCUGGUCGCCUCCACUGGGCUUCCUGUGAAUAUCAGCGAUGCCUACCAAGACCCACGCUUCGACGCUGAAGCAGAUCAGUUUUCUGGCUUCCAUAUUAGAUCUGUCCUGUGUGUCCCUAUCUGGAACAGUAACCACCAAAUCAUAGGUGUGGCACAGGUCUUGAACAGGUUAGAUGGAAAACCAUUUGAUGAUGCAGAUCAGAGGCUGUUUGAGGCAUUUGUGAUAUUCUGUGGACUGGGAAUCAAUAACACCAUUAUGUAUGACCAAGUGAAGAAGUCUUGGGCCAAACAGUCUGUAGCUUUGGAUGUGCUGUCAUAUCACGCCACUUGCUCAAAGACCGAGGUGGAUAAGUUUAAGGCAGCAAACAUCCCUCUGGUGUGUGAACUGGGCAUUGAUAAACUAUCGUUUGAUGACUUCUCUCUGGAUGUGGAUGCCAUGGUCACUGCAGCUCUGCGGAUGUUUAUGGAGCUGGGGAUGGUGCAGAAAUUCAAAAUAGACUAUGAGACACUUUGUCGGUGGCUGUUGACCGUGAGGAAGAACUAUCGCAUGGUUCUGUAUCAUAACUGGAGACAUGCCUUCAAUGUUUGCCAGUGCAUGUUUUCCAUGCUGACGACGGCCGGCUUCCAGGAGACUCUGACUGAGAUGGAGACUCUGGCUCUGAUAGUGGGCUGCGUCUGCCAUGAUCUGGACCACAGAGGAACCAACAACGCUUUCCAGGCCAAGACGGGAUCGGCUCUCUCUCUUCUUUAUGGGACUUCGGCCACACUAGAGCACCAUCACUUCAACCAUGCUGUUAUGAUCCUGCAGAGCGAGGGACACAAUAUUUUCUCUAAUCUGUCUUCCCAUGAGUAUGGAGAACUGAUGCAGCUCCUGAAACAAUCCAUCCUGGCCACAGACCUGACGCUCUACUUCCAGAACAGAAACUCCUUCUUUGAGCUGGUGAAUAAAGGAGAAUACAACUGGAACGUGAAGGAACACAGAGACAUGUGCAGGUCGAUGUUGAUGACAGCGUGUGAUCUGGGUGCUGUCACGAAACCCUGGGAGAUAUCACGCAAGGUGGCAGAGCUGGUGACCAGUGAGUUUUUCGAGCAGGGAGACAGAGAGCGUUCAGAGUUGAAACUGACUCCCUCGGCGAUAUUUGACCGAAACCGCAAAGAUGAGCUGCCAGGUCUACAGCUGGAGUGGAUUGAUGGAAUCUGUGCACCUCUGUACGAGACGUUUGCCAAAUUAAACCCCAAACUACAGCCAAUGAUUGACUUGAUCAAGGCCAAUCGCGCCAAAUGGGAAGAGCUUCACCAAAGACACCAGCGCAGCCAGGAAACCAGCAGUCCAUGUAACGCAGAGACCACGUCAACCAGCUGCAGCGACCCCUUCUACUCCGUCAGCUAACUCUGCAGAAACCUGCCAGAUUUCUCCACAUGCUUCUCUGACCCUCAGCAAUGCAGACGGAGGAGUUUUGACCUCUGCUGCACGCUUCAGACCAGCAGUCGUUACCUCACUAGCGCCCUCUAUCGGCCAUUUGCUCUUUCUGUGAGCACUUCAGGCAACUGCGAGCGAGUUUGCGUUUGUCUCCACUGUGCAAAGACCGCACGUUUAGCUAGCAACGGAGAACCUUAGGGAUGUGUUUACGCCCAGAAGCUAAUCGGCUGAAUUAGCUACUUUAGGGCUAGCAUGCUAACACAAAGACUCUAUUGUGCGUGUAAGCAAGGAGGAUUGCUGCAUUUUGAAAGAUAUCCUAGCGUAUUUUUCCCUUUGUAGCUUUGAUCUUGUUGAUUGAACACAUAUCUUGAGCACUCAAGCUCAGUUCUUUACUGUGCGAAUGUCAUUUGAAGAAAUGACAAAUGCAGGAUUUGACUCUUUGUCUUGCCUUGGUUGUUUUAGCUGAUGUGUUUAUUUCUAGGAUCAGGGGUGUGUGGAGCCGUGGGGCUCUUGGCAAUGCUUGCGAUGCAAACCCUCUCCAGCGCUGUACUCUGUGCCUUGGUAAAACCCCAAUGAUAAUGCAUGCAUCCCAUCCUCGACAUCACUCUAGUCUCUAGUUCACACUGCAUACAUCAUAGAUGUUUCCUCAUGUCUUGGGCCUAUUUCACAUCAAAGCAGUGUGCUGCACAGAGCUACAUUAAUAUCACAUAUAAAUGUAAUUUAUGUUAUACAAGGUUUUUUUUUUUUUUAGUUUAGUUUUUUUAGACGGUUUUACAUGGCUCCUCUUCAGAAAGUCUUCCUCCGUCCCACGCUCCUUUGUGUCCUGAAGUGGACUCUGGUUUAUUUUAAUCGUGACUGCACUUUGAUUACCGUGUUGUGGUAAAGAGUAAAAUGUAAUUGCAUGAAGAAGUGUCUGCUUCAGAGAUGACUGAGAUCCAUCUGUGAUUCAUUCUUCAGUAUUUGAUUUGAUGUACCUGCAUGGAAGCAGCUGUUGAUUUGCAAUGUCUUACAUUAUUCCCAAUGAUUUCUUGGGGGGAUUGGUUCUUGAUGUUAGCACUGUUCGAUUUUUCUCUUAGGCAUUAUGUAAGUGAUGAGGCUCUUUUGAAUUUUCUUGUUCUCUUGGUUCAACUCUACUUUUGACUGACAGAUUUCUUGAGAAUCCUGAAGCAUGAUUUCUGGAAGUGUUAAACUCUCCAAUUCUAAUAAAUUUGCUGCUAGUAA